AAAAUCGUAGAUAUAAAUAUAGAUAUCAAUUUACCAAGUAAGUUUUCAUCAGGUGUUACUUCAGGCCAAUAUUAAGUUUCCUACUAUGUUCUUACGUUAACCAGUAAUUGAAGUGACGACCGUUGUAUUUACACUUGCGUAAAGAAGGUCAAGGAAGUCUCGACCACUGGGCUAGUAUUAGCAAAAAAAUAUUUUUUAGUUCCUUCAACUUAAUAUGUCAUUUCCAAGUUAAGAAAUAUGUGCAGCUUGACUGAACAAGCCUUAAAAAACCGUUUAAAAACUUACUGUAUUACUCCAUACUUAAGUUGCAGUACACCACACACACCAUUUAAACCUUACGGUUAGCCACCCAAAUCACCGGCCUCAGUCGCCUCUUGCCGUAGGCCCUCAAUAUUACGAUAGGCAGGCGGAAUAGCACGAUCAUGUGCGGCUCUGGCGUUGCUUCACUCGGCGUAUGGCAAUAUCUCAAUGCCUCCCUUCGGGCUACCUACCACAGAUAUUGCUAGGCGGCCGUGUCCGGUCAGCAUCUUUACGUCAAAACGCUGUACCGCCUACACAACCGAUAGAUUACAUUCUCAAAAGAGGUCACCAACAUAAUCAAGAUAUUGUGCGAGGUAAAUUCGUCAAUAAAAAUUCGAAUGAAGGUAUAAUAAUCAGUCCUAGAACUCUUUUGUCGCUAAGUGGGUAAAAACUCCAUAGUAUAUCGUAGCUAUGCCCAAAGGAGCGCUUUGUUCUAGAAGAAUGUAACUGUUAAAUCAGUUUGACAAGUGAGAUUUUAGAAAUAAUUUUACUUGGUAAAAAUAAUUAUAAUAUUGAGCUUUGGUGGUUUUGUGACUUAUUAUAACAAUGGCGUUGCCACCAAUAUUUGGUGAAAAAGACCUAUGCCCAAAAGAAUGCGAGGAUGUUGGCGCUUUUAAGCAAACGGAGAAAUCUCCAGACAUAGCUUUACAGGAAAUAAAAGAAGCCAAAGAGGCGCAAGCAUUUCCAACUAAACCAGAAGAAACUGAUAUUAAAGAAGAGUAUCAACAAACAGAAGCGCCUCCCCAUAACGAGGAUACUUUUAAUUACCUUCCUAACCUGAAACCUGGCCCCGAUGGGAAUGUUGACUGGACACCUCUCUCAGGAUUGACUGGCACCAGACCCGGUGUCAACAAGUACUCUCUGAGCCGAUAUUCUCUCAGUGAAUGGAGAAAACAUAAUCAAGAUGUAUUAGAUCCUAAAGUAAUUGUUGAGUCCAACAUUGUCGAUUACAAUGCUAAAACAGCCAUGAUGCAAGCAUUUGGAAAUAUUGAUAAACAGCAAAUGGAAAAUAAUAAAAGACUAAAACAAAAAGCCAGAGAUUUAUUCCGCUGGAAGAUAGAGGUUGAGAAUGCUUGUAAAUCAAUUACAGAAGAAGUCGAACUGCUUGAAAUUGAUAGGCAGCGACUGAAAGGCGCUUCCAGAGUACUUAUGUUGCCAGAAUCGAUUUCCAAAGAAUGUCUAGACCUGCGUUCAAACAGAUUUGAACCGGAUUUAGUAGCAGAUCUUGCCGAACAGGAACUUAUCAAGGAAAUGAAGUUUGUAAACGAAGUAAGAGCCACUUUAAAGGUGACUCUAGAUAAGAUAGAAGAACAAAUGGCAAUAAACAAGGCAGCGAAACAUAGAAUAGAAUACGAUUGGUGUGACAAAACUAUGGCUUACAACACCGAAGCUAUUAAUUUAGGCCUAAGUACGAAAUCCACAACAAUAAUGUUUAGACCAGGUUCUACCAGAUUUGGAGAUUACACGGCACCACUAGAAUAUUGGGAAUACUUUUGUAGAGAAAACGUUCAAAAUUGCGAAGCCGCUCGUCAGAAAUCCGCUGAUUUACGAGGCAGUUUGAACGCCAUUUUAGUGAACAAUGGUAGGAAGUUGCGAAUCCAAGCGGAUAGAACUGACAUGGCAUUAGCGGAAACGGUAGCCAUUACUUCAGAGCUAUGUACAAAACUAGAAGAAACGUUGAGAACUACUCUACAAAGAACUGCUGACUUGGAAGCUUUGAUAGAAGAUCUGAAAGAGUCUGUUAGAAAGAUGGACGCGGCCAUGAAGUUAGCCCAAACCAGGCUUGAUAAUAGGAAUAAUUGGAGACCUCACGGGGAAAAUGUUCAAGACCAGCCGCAUUUGGGGUUGAUAGAUGAAGUGAAGAAGAUUCAUGAGACCGUGACAUCUCUGCUGGGGCAGCUAAGGAACGCUGAGAGAUUGCGAGAGGAUCUGGUGAACAAGAGAAAGGAGUUGGAAACGGCUAUAGCUGCGAAGAGGAAGACUCUGAGCAUUGACAGAGACCGAUGCGGUAUGGUCCGCUCGCAUUACCCCUCGGCAUCAGAACUAGCUGGCUUUUAAACUGAAUUGUUCAACACGUAGAUUUUAUUUCGAUUGUUUAUUUUAGAUUAUUCUUAACAUUUAAUAUAUUUUAAGUAUUUA